AUGAAGUUUAUAUCUAUCAUCGCCGUCCUCAGCUCCAUGUCCGCGUUCUCGGCGGUCCUUGCAGCCCCUACGUCCGACGUCAACACCUCGCCCGCAGAGCCUGUCAACGCUGUUUUCAAAAAGAAGGAGUGCCCAGACGACAUCUUGCAUCUUACUAGAGGCAUGUGCAACGGCAAUUCAUGCAAAUGGGCUGGAGUUAACUACGACUGCCAGGUUGGCACGUGUCUUUGGCGCAAUGCUAGACCGGCGAAGGCGGCGGCGACGACUCGUGCUGCUUUUGGAGGGGUAGCCUAG